AUGCCUCGUCUGUUUCCCCACCUCGGACGCUCCUCGAAGGAGCAUGUCGCUGGCUACGACGCCUACGAUCCUUAUUACGGCCACCCGGAGCACGGGUAUGGUUAUGAUGGUUAUGAAUAUGUACCUGAGCAGCGGGAGAGAUCCACCUGGCGCAAGAUGCUCUCCAGAGGCUCGGGUUCGAGCUCGAACACCAAGAGCUCUGGCACGAGAACGGGAGGAAGGGCGUACUACGGUGAAGGCGAGGUGCCAGUACGGCUUCCAACGCACCGUCUCGCGGACCCACCACGCACACUCUCCUCCACAGAACGCAUGUAUCCCCACCCCGUCCAAGUCCCGCAUUACGCAAACUCGGACGAGACUGAGUCCUACGUGAACAUCCCCUCCCGGCCGCACAGCCCGGUGCCGAUAGUGCAGCGGGAGAGCUCCUUUACCGAUAUGAACGGUCUAGGGCGACUGCAAGAAGCCUUCGCAGAUCACGGCACCUAUAGCGCGGCGGCGCCGACGGUGAUGAUGGACCCCACCACGCCAGUACACGGUUCGCCGAGGAUGCCCCCUAGACCAAUGCACGCGGCCGGACCGGUGCGGAUGGGGACGAUGCAUGAGGCGCGACACGAGCCCGUGAUCAUCGACGACUCGAAUGGGAGUGUGGAAGGCAUUCGGCCCGAUGUCGACGUUAUGAGGCCGUCGAGCUCGAAGCACAGACAUCAGCGCUCCCAUCGCGAACACGAGAGGCGCCUCGAGAGGGAAAAGGUCACUGGCGGCCCGACGUAUUGGGAGCAUCAUCCUGGAGUGCAUGAGUAUCCACCGGUCGUCGUAGUCGUCCAGCGGGGCGCUUAUGGGGAGAAGGAUACCUACUACAUCAUUCCCGGAGGCCAACCGGUCAUAUUCGAGGACGACUAUGGCAUCGAAUCACCCGUGUGGGAGAUUUCAGUGGAUUUUACAGACCUCAGCCUCUCCACCCCGUCAUUGUUGAGGACGAAUACGGACGCGAGAUUUGUCGGUCAAGCUGGCUACUCCGAUGGUCGCAUAACCCCAGGGCCAUAUUUCGGAAGAGUCAACGUCCAGUAUCUUGGCAACAACACGCAUGGCUACCAGCGAAGCCGUACUUCGCGCCGCGAGCGUUACGACAGAAUGUACGAUGGAGAGUACGACAGGGGAUACAACAGGGAAUAUGCCCCGUCGUACGUCUCGUAUCCGUCGCCCGCCUUCGAUGAGUAUGCCGAUGGCAGAUCGCCCUACAAGUAA